AGGAACCGCAGCGCCUGGAAUGGGCUUGCGGGCCAUGCCUGUUCAUUCCCGGGAGACAGGACUACGGUGAAGCCGCGGCUGCUGUUACCUCGGGUGCCACCGGCGAUCUCCUGGGGUUGGUGUGCCAUAUGGCGUUCAGUCACUCCUGUGCUAAAGAGGAAAUAUUUACUCGAGUUUUACUUAGCCUAGAAGAAACUUAACCAAGUUUCAUGAAAUUUAACUUGGCACCAUGGGGAUUCAGGGACUGCUUCAGUUCAUCAAGGAGGCUUCAGAGCCCAUCAAUGUGAAGAAGUACAAAGGACAGGCAGUAGCUGUGGAUACCUACUGUUGGCUUCACAAAGGAGCUAUUGCCUGUGCUGAAAAGCUAGCCAAAGGGGAACCAACAGAUAGGUAUGUAGGAUAUUGUAUGAAGUUUGUUAAUAUGCUGCUGUCUCAUGGGGUCAAGCCUAUUCUUGUCUUUGAUGGAUGUACCUUACCUUCGAAAAAGGAAGUGGAAAGAUCUCGAAGAGAGAGACGACAAAGCAACCUUCUUAAAGGGAAGCAGCUCCUUCGAGAGGGCAAAGUGUCAGAAGCCCGAGACUGCUUCACUCGCUCUGUCAACAUCACACACGCCAUGGCCCACAAAGUAAUAAAAGCUGCUCGGGCCCUGGGAGUGGACUGCCUAGUGGCUCCCUAUGAAGCUGAUGCUCAGUUGGCCUACCUUAACAAAGCUGGAAUUGUGCAAGCUGUCAUCACGGAGGACUCUGACCUCCUGGCAUUCGGCUGUAAGAAGGUGAUUUUAAAAAUGGACCAGUUUGGAAACGGGCUGGAAGUGGAUCAGGCACGGCUGGGCAUGUGCAAGCAGCUUGGGGACGUGUUCACGGAGGAGAAGUUCCGGUACAUGUGUAUCCUGUCAGGCUGUGACUACCUCUCCUCCCUGCGUGGGAUUGGCUUAGCAAAGGCCUGCAAAGUACUGAGGCUGGCCAAUAACCCGGAUAUCGUUAAGGUUAUCAAGAAAAUUGGGCAUUAUCUCAAGAUGAAUAUAACGGUGCCGGAGGAUUACAUCACAGGAUUUAUCCGAGCCAACAAUACUUUCCUCUACCAGCUAGUGUUCGACCCCAUCCAAAGGAAGCUGGUCCCUCUGAAUGCCUAUGAAGAUGACGUUAACCCCGAAACCCUGAGUUACGCUGGGCAGUAUGUUGAGGAUUCCGUAGCUCUGCAAAUAGCACUUGGAAACAGAGAUAUAAAUACCUUCGAGCAGAUUGACGACUACAGUCCAGACACUAUGCCUAUCCACUCAAGAAGUCACAGCUGGAGUGAUAAAGCAUGUCAGAAGUCACCUGUGGCCAACAGCAUUUGGCACAGGAAUUAUUGUCCUCGACUUGAGGUGAAUGGUGUUUCCCACGCUCCUGGGUUGACGGAAAAGUCAAGUACCGUGGGCCUUAAACAAGUGAUUAGUACUAAAGGGUUAAAUCUUCCCAGGAAGUCUUCUGUGGUGAAGAGACCAAGAAAUGAAUCUCUGUCCGAAGAUGACCUAUUGAGUCAGUAUUCAUUUACAAAGAAGACCAAGAAAACCAGCGGUGGAGACAGCACAACGUCUGACCCUUCUGAAGUGUCUGCACCCCACCUGGAUGGCGGGACUGCCCACAAGACAGAUGCACACACUUCGUCUAGGACAAGGAACAAGUUCGCAGUGUUGUUACAGAGGAAGAACGAAGAAAAUGGCGCAGUUGUGGUUCCAGGGACCAGAAGCAGGUUUUUUUGCAGUUCUCCAAAUUUUGAUGACUACAUACCAAAAAAAGCAAGCAUUCAGCCUCUAAAUGAAACUGCUGUUGGAGGCAAAGCCACUACCAGCCUUGGAGCACCAGACUGUCAAGGCACAGAGCGCCUCAGGGCACCAGACUGUCCAGGCACAGAGGGCCUCAGAGCACCAGACUGUCCAGGCACAGAAGGCCUUGGAGCACCAGACUGUCAAGGCACAGAGGGCCUCAGAGCAUUAGACUGUCAAGGCACAGAUAGCCUCAGAAUAUCCGACUGUCCAGGCACAGAGGGCCAGAAGCUGGUUGACAUAAGUAGGACACAGGAUCCAAGUGCUCAGGUCUCAGGCAAUGAGACUGUGUCUCCUGAUGAUGAGGCUCAGUCUUCCAAGACCAGCAAAUUCGUGGGGACCGUUUCCCCGCCCACUCUGGGGACACUAAGAAGUUGUUUCAGUUGGUCAGGAACGCUUGGACAUUUUUCAAGAACUCCAAGUCCCUCUCCAAGCACUGUGUUACAGCAGUUCCGAAGAAAGAGCGAGACCUGUCUGCCCGAGACCUGUGCAGUGACUGACACGUGUCAUUCAAAGAGUGAAAUGUCAAGUGCUAAGUCUCAGCCUUUGCAUGAGGUGGGCUGGUCCUCACGAUCUCAGGAAAGCAUAGACUCACAGUGGAGUUUAAAUGCAUCGAACUUUUCUCAGCCUUCCAGUAAGGAUUCAGAUUCAGAGGAAUCGGAUUGUAACGACAAGUCACUUGAUAAUCAAGGAAGUCAGAACUCCAAGCAACAAUUACCUCCCUUUUCAAAGAAAGACACACUUGUAAGGAAUAAGAUCCCUGGGCUGUGUAGGUCUAGUUCCAUGGACUCUCUUUCUACAACCAAGAUCAAGCCCCUGGUGCCUGCCAGAGUCAGCGGCCUGAGCAAGAAGCCAGGAAGCAUCCAGAAGAGAAAGCACCAUGAUGCCGAGAACAAGCCAGGGCUACAGAUAAAGAUCAGCGAGCUCUGGAAAAACUUCGGUUUUAAAAAGGAUUCUGAAAAGCUUCCUUCUUGUAAGAAGCCCCUGUCUCCAGUCAAAGAUAACAUCCAGCUCACUCCAGAGACAGAAGAUGAGCUCUUUAACAAGCCUGAGUGUGCACAUGUUCAGAGAGCAAUAUUCCACUGAGUGAGGAAUUCCGCUGCCUACAGGAAAACCUUACCGAUUCGAGAGAUUUAGUGCUAUCAAUGCCAUUUUUAAAAUGAAAUGCAUUUUGUAUAUUAA